AUGAUGAGCAGUAAUUACUGCAGCAACACUUCAGCCAGCAUGAGUGUCAACGAAAUGUCUGCCUUCCCUCUGACUUUAGAGCAAAAAACUGGCUUUGCCUUUGUGGGGAUUUUGUGUGUUUUCUUGGGACUUCUAAUUAUCAGAUGCUUCAAAAUCUUGCUAGACCCCUACAGUAGUAUGCCUUCUUCUACGUGGGAGGAUGAAGUUGAGGGGUUGGAUAAAGGAACAUUUGAAUAUGCUCUUGCAUGA